AUGGAACUGACUGUGGAAGUAGUCUCGGAUGGUCCAUCAGGGUUGUUGCAGAACGGGGGUCAGUUCAUCGCCCUGCUCCUGAAGCUAUUGAAUGUGAAGAAGACUAUAGAGGUCGGCAUCUUCACCGGCUACUCUCUCCUCCUCACGGCUCUUACAAUUCCGCAAGAAGGCAAGAUCAUAGCGAUCGAUGUAGACAGAGAAGCAUACGAGAUCGGAUUACCCUUUAUCAGGAAGCGAGAAAAUGAAAGCAGCUUCGACUUUGCGUUCGUCGAUGCUGACCAGGCAAACCUGAAGAACUAUCACGAGAGGCUACUGAGGCUGGUGAGGGUCGGGGGCGUGAUCGUGUACGACAACACUCUCUGGGGAGGCACCGUAGCCUUGGCCGACCCGUCCUCCUCUCACGAAUUGCGGCAAUUCGCGUGGGAGGACAUGAUCGAGUUCAACAAGAUGAUAGCGGGCGAUCCUCGGGUCGAUACAUCUCAAGUCGCUCUGGGCGAUGGGAUGACAAUCUGCAGGCGCAUCUGUUGA